UCUUUGUUACACAAGAUGCUGCUGCUGCUGCUGUUGUUGAUGCUCGGUUCGUUGUCAGCCGUGGCUGGGAACCUGCCUCUGCCCUCUCACACGCUGUGCGUGGCCGAUGCGUGUUACACGGCAUACCUGCACAGGAAGACCUUCCACCCAGCCUCGGAAAGUUGCAAAUACAACGGAGGCAAUCUGGCCACCGUCAGGGACGCCGGCGAAGACGCGCUGAUCCACCGACUCUUGUCCGGGUUCCCCGCCGGCCGGCGGGCGAAGAGUAGGUUCUGGCUGGGGCUCCAACUACCCCCGAGGCACUGCUACCAACACCACCGGCCGCUGAGAGGCUUCCAGUGGACGGCCGGGGGAGGGGAGACGGCUUAUUCCAACUGGGCGAGGGAGCCUUUGAGCACUUGCACGGCGCACAGGUGCGUCCACCUAGUGAACAGCUCCAGCUCCGGCGGCGGCAACUACAAGUGGAUGGACGGGUCCUGCAGCCACGCUAUGGACGGUUACCUGUGCAAGUUCAGCUUCAGGGGUAUGUGCCCGCGGGUGGAGCUGGGCGGCCCGGGCUCGGUCACCUACACCCCGCCGUUCAGGGCCGAGAUCCUCUCCUCGCCUCUCAUCCCCUUCGGUUCCCUGGCGGUCGUGUCGUGCGCCGUGGGCUCGCCUGCCCAGGUCUACAUGCUGUGCGUGGAACUGGCGCCGCAGAGUUACGGCUGGUCGAAGAACGGCUCCUUCUGUCUCCCCGCUUCAGGCUGCGACCUGGACAACGGCGGGUGCGCUCAGACCUGCGUGAGAGGAGAAGGGGGAGACGGUGGUGGAGGUGGUGGGGCAGGAGGAGAUAGCCACCGAUGCCAGUGCAAGGCUGGGUACCAGCUGGAAGCCGACCAGCGCUCCUGUGAGCCGCGGGACCCGUGCAAGGGCCACCCGUGCCAGUUCCAGUGCGUGAGCCACCUGUUGGAGUACCAGUGCGUCUGCCCGCCGGGUUACCGGUUGGUGGGGGACGGGCGCAAUUGCGAGGACACGGACGAGUGUCUGCGCCGACCUUGCGCCCAGCUCUGCCUCAACAUCCCGGGGAGCUUUCGCUGCGACUGCGCCCGGGGCUACGCGCUGAUCGGUGGCCGCUGCGUGGACCUGGACGAGUGCGCCGGCCGCCCCUGCCACCACACCUGCCUCAACACCGACGGUUCCUACCGGUGCCAGUGCAGAGCCGGCUACCGGCUCCAAGGAGGCGCUCACUCCUGCGCCGACAUCGACGAGUGCGGGUCCAGCCCCUGCGAUGGGACUUGCUCCAACACGAUGGGCAGCUUCGAGUGUUCCUGCAGCCCGGGGAGCAAGCUGGGGCAAGACGGAGUGAGCUGUCUCCCGACGGACCGGGACACCACCCCCCACAUCUUGGACACCACGGUGGGAGACUGGAGUCCCACAACACUCGCUCCUCUGGUGCUCCACGCUGUUGACUCGGCCACCGCUCGCCCUGGGACCUCCUCCGCUCAGCCAGAAGAAACCAGAGGUCGUCUCAGGCUCAGCAACUUGGCGGCGGAGACGCGUGGCCCGGACUUGUCCGCCGUUACUUCUCCCAGCUGGGACGGGGACGGGGACCAGGUCCAGGACCGCUCCCCCGGCCUGUCGUGGUUCCUGAGGGGCGCGCUGGUCUCUGUCGCCGUCCUCCUGCUAGUCCUGUGCGCGGUGGGGCUCACCCUGUGCCUUCGCCACCGGCUGCUCAAGAAGAAAGAGAGCAACGCCGGGGACUACUACAGCUGGGUUCAAGCGGCGGGGCAAUCCAAAUUCAGGGCUCCGUAUGUCAAGUGCAGCCGCUCAAGGGACAACUACAUCGAGAUUGAAGCCAGUCAAACCGAAGUAUAUGCUGCCCGGCCUGCUGAAUAUCUAUCACACUUCCAUGCCACGAUACGAUACGAUGCCACCACACAGAGAGAGAGAGAGAGAGAGAAGAUGAUUGUGGCUUGGGUCGCCCUUUGCGCUUUGGCGUCCACGGCGCUUUCUGAAUCGCAGGACGAGGAAGAGCCGACGCCGGCCAUCUGUGUGGACGGUUUCUGCUACACUUUGCGGAGGGAGCACAGGAAGUUUAACAUGGCCCGGAGCGCCUGCAAGAAGGACGGGGGAGAUGCGGUGACCGUGCGGACCACGGUGGCGGCCGAGGCCGUCUCGGCGCUGCUGCAGGCGGCCGGCGCUCAGUCCAACUCCAGCUACUGGCUGGGUCUGCAACUCCACCACAAGACGUGCCCCGACAACGGCAGCCUCUUGCGGGGCUACCGCUGGGUGGACGGGGACAGCGACACGACCCACUACACCAACUGGGCUCCGGCGACGGGCUCCACCUGCGGACCCCGCUGCGUGGUGGUCUCCAGCGACGAGCUGUGGCUGGAGCGGCAGUGCAACGUGAAGACGGACGGGGUGCUGUGCGAGUACCGCUACAACGGCAGCUGCCCCAGCCUGGCCAACCGCACCGCCGUCUACCACCUGCCCUUCGGCCCGCAGGGCUCGGACUUCUCCGCGCUGCCCCCUGGCACCGUGGCCCUGGUCAGCCCGGGCGAGGAGCCGCUGAGAUGCAACGAAAGUCGGGACUGGCUGCCCGUGGGCACGGCUCCUUGGCAAUGCCGGGCGGGGAACGGGGGUUGCCAGCACGUUUGCCGCGACGGGCCGCCGCCGGCUUGCAGCUGCCACCCGGGGUACCGGUUGGAGGGGGACCAGCGGAGCUGCAGCGAGAUAAGCCCGUGCGAUGGGGUGAGGUGCGAUCAUGGCUGCAAGGUGCAGGGCGGCUCGCCGCUCUGCGUCUGCGAUGCCGGCUACCAGCUGGACUCCGACCACAAGGGCUGUUUGGACGUGGACGAGUGUCUGCGGCAUCCCUGCGAAGAGAGGAGGUGCAAUAACACAUUGGGUAGCUACACAUGCAGCUGCUCCAGCGGCUACCGGCUGGUCGCGGACGGCAAAUGCGAGGACAUCAACGAGUGCAAGGAACACAUGCCGUGCCAGCUCGGCAAUUGCGGCAACACGCCGGGAAGUUUCACUUGCUCCUGCUCGCGCGGCUUCCAGGCUGAUCCCGCGGACCACACCAAGUGCGUCUUCUAUUGCAAAUCCAAGGAGUGCCCGGCCCAAUGCAUCGGUAUCCACUGUCACUGCCCGCCCGAUUACAUUUUCAACGACGACGCGAAGACCUGCCACAGCUACGAGGACAACGUAGCUCAAUUCUACCCCUGCAUCCCCACCUCCAGCGGCUCCAAGUGCCAAUGCGAGGACGGCUACCAAUCGUCUGAAGACGGGGCCACAUGCGAGGCGGAAGAAAGCUCCGGCUCUCCCCCGCCUGACGGCCCCAUUGCCACCGACGAGCCAAAGGGCCUGGCCAGAGCCGGCUUGUCCUUGGCGGUCGUCCUCGGCAGCCUGUUCGCCAUCGCCGUGUUGACUUUGAUCUUCGCCGGGGUGGGACACCACCUGCUCAAGAAAAGGGGCAAUUGGCAGACGUCCACCAAGUACAAGGCGACCAGCUUGGAGCAAGACGUGAAUCUCAGCCAGGUCACCACUGGCGACGAUCAGAAACUGCGGUACACCAACGACAUUUGCAACGCGGGGACCUGAGGCCAGGUGUGGAGACGAGACUGUUCAGACCAACUCGACAGAACGGGAGAGGGGAGGGGGGGAGGGGGGUGGCAGUCUGGUGGGAUUGAGGGGUAAAUCCAUCAAUGGGCGUUGCGACCCCGCGGCUGGGAGCAGUAAUGGUGUGAGCGCGAAUCCCAUCUCUCAACUCCACUCUGUUCCCAAUGCAUCCCAUUCCCAUUGCCACUCCACAAGUUCCCCAACCCACAGGGCGCUAUUUCUUUUAGCCUGAUGCCAAACCUAAAGCUCGUACUCGAGCUUUGCUGAUGGUCCGGCGAUGCAGCCAUCCAUGCAAAGCUGACUGUUAAUGGAAAGCUCCCGCACACGAUACAUUCGUCUUGGAUAUUCCUUAGCCAUGAUCCGUUCACCCAGGUAGAAACCAAUUUUUUUUAGUAAACGAUAGGUUGCUCCGAGGAUAAGUAUAUAUAUUUUUCAGCAAAAAAUGUGAAAGCCAAAUUCCAAAGUUCGCGAUGACUACAUCUAUCGAUUAGGUGAUGUUUAUUUAAGCAAUUGUUCCGUUUUAUUUUUUUUUAGUCUGGAGACACAGCGCGGAAACAGGCCCUUCAGCCCACCCCGUCGACCAGCGAUCGCCCCGUACACUAGUACUCUCCCACUAAGAAUAAUUUGCAAUCUUUACUGAAGCCACUACAAACCCGCACGUUCAACUUGGGAGUGUGGGAGGAAACCGGAGCACACGGGGAAAGCCCACGCGGUUCACGGGGAGAACGGACAAACUCCGUACAGACAGCAUCCGUGGUCAGGAUCCAACCCGGGUCUCUGGCGCUGUUCAAGGCGGCAACUCAGCCGCUACGCCACAAUUGUGAAGGACCGCGUUUUGUUUUGAGAUCUAUGUAAAUUGUGUUGGGGUGGGGGGGAUGGGGGAAUCUGGGAUAACGUUAUCAGUGUUUUCCGUGAUAACAAUGUUAUUUGUGGAUCCGACGCCGAGACUUUGAAAACUAUCAUUCUUUAAAGGUUGCUAAACACUUUAACUCCCCCUCCCAUUCCCACACUGACCUUUCUGGCCUGGGCCUCCUCCAUUGUCAGAGUGAGGCCCAGCGCAAAUUGGAGGGCAGUUUACACCCCAGCGGUAUGUCUAUUGACUUCUCUAACUUCAAGUAACCUUUGACUUCCCCCUCUCUCUCUCCCACGUCCCAGUUCUCCUUCUAGUCUGACUAUCCUCAUUUACAUUUUAUCUCUGUUUGCUUUGUUGUUACCUGCUCCUCGCUAUAACAUGAUCCAUUCAACAUUUCCCUUUGAGCUCCGUCCUCUUUGUCCCGUUUUCACGCCUUACAUUUCCUGAUCUCUGUAUCUCCCUCUCCCUUGAUUCAGUCUGAAGAAGGGUCUCGGCCGGAAACAUCAACCAUUUCUUCUCUCCAGAGAUGCUGCCUGUCCCGCUGUGAUACUCCAGCAUUUUAUGUCUAUCUAAUGUUAAAAGGAAAUCACGCCCUAUCACUCCAAUAUGAAUUAGCAACAUAUCAAUGAGUUGUACAUCUAGAUGUUGACCCAGAGUAUGCACAAUUAUUUGGGGCUGGGGGAAUCGAGAUGGGGAACUUGUUCAUUAAUAUUUAUUAUAUAUAUAUUUUGAAAUAUCUGUAUAAUCACUUUUUAAACCAGUUUUACAUAUUUACAUGAACUGUAAAAAAAACAUGACUAUGGCGUUCAUUAUUGCAUACAUUUUUAAAAUAAACAUUUGGAAUUAUUUCUUUAAAA